CAACGAUGGCUCAGUUGCCGCCGGGCUUCCCCGGCUUUUCCUUCCCUCCACCGACGUGGCCAUACCGUCCUUCCAUGCCGCCGCCACCAUACGGAUACAAGCACGAGCCACCGUCCGGCGGUUCGUCUCAAGGCAGGACCGUCGCCGGCACCUUCGGCGGCCUCGUCGCCUGCUUGCUCCUUGGCAUCGCCGUGUGCAGCAUCUGCAAGAGGCGUCGCGCGGCCGCGCCGGCGCAGAACGUGGCCGCAGCCGAUCGGGCGCAGAACCUGACGGAAAGCAGCAGCGUGCGCGUCGACGUGGGGCAGCUUCACCGGGCCUGCGCCGCCAGCCCGACGGCCGGCCUCCCGGCGUUCACGUACAGCCUGUCGGUGAAGCACAACGUGACGGGCGGAGGGGAUGAGGCGGCGACGUGCUCGGUGUGCCUCGGCGCGAUGCAGGUCGGCGAGAUGGUGCGGCUGCUGCCGGCGUGCCUGCACCUGUACCACACGGAGUGCAUUGACCCGUGGCUGGCCGCGCACUCGACGUGCCCGUCCACCCACACUCGCACCCUUCCUAGCCUUCAUCUCCUCAACGUCGCCGAAGGAUGCCGCCGAGCGAAGCCCAUGACGUCGACGCAGCGGUGCCACGACGUCGAUUGGUUUUGUGCCGCAGUUUCCCCUUCAUUGAACGCGCAUUUGGCCCUGAAUCAGCAAUCAAUUAAUUAA